GGGGGCAAGUUUGAGGAAAGAUUUUGUCACAGGUGAAAGCAGCCAGUCCCUGGUUAUAUCAGAGGUCAUAAUGGAGGAUGUCCUUAUCAAGCUGAAUGAUGGGAAAACCAAGGAUUUUGAACCAUUAGUUGUAUUAGAGUUUGCUGUGAAUACCAAGCAAGCAGCUAUAGAAUGGAUGAUAGCUAAACUACAGGCAUCUAGCAGUGAAAAUGGUGCUGAACUUUCUGUCACGGCCAUGGUGAUGCAACAUAACCAGGAGACAGUGUUGUUUAUUGGAGGGAAGACACAGAGGUUGUUACUGGGGGCAGAGAUGAUGGACAUGAUGAAAGUAUACAAGGAUGGUAACCAUAGAGAAUUUACUGUAAGAGAUCUGGCAAAUUUCAAAGGUGGUGAUAAUGCUGAGAACUUUCUGACAAUGGCUGAAAAACAGAAAAUAAUUUUUCGUGAAUUGGAAAAUAUCCGGGCUACAGAAGAUGACGAAUUUGUACCAGGGUAUGAGUUUAUCAAACUGUACACAGGGCGCACAAUUGUGAAAAAAAUGCUGAGUCAGGAUUUGAUAAAGAAUUUGUUCCCGAUUCAUGACAAGGAGUUCCUAAAGAAGCUUGGGGCUGAGUGGUAUACGAAACCGUUUGCUCAACAACCUAUUGAUAAAGUUCAGCACUACUUUGGAGAGAAGAUUGCCCUCUAUUUUGCAUUUCUCGGCUUCUACACAAUAGCUCUAAUACCUCCAGCAGUAAUUGGUUUAAUAUACUGGUUGACAUCUUGGCAAAACCUGUACCGGGAAGCUAUCUUUGCCGUGUUUAAUCUCGUCUGGGCAACGUUAUUCCUUGAAGCCUGGAAACGUUACUGUGCCGAACUCGCAUUUAAAUGGGGAUGUAUGGAUUUCGUGUCAUCAAGAUUUGAAGAACCGCGGGCAAAUUACCAUGGACGAAUGGGAAAGAAUCCUGUCACGGGAAAACCUGAACCAGUUUUUCCAAAGUCUCAAAGGGUGCUUAGAUUUUAUGGAGUAACGGUUCCCGUCCUGUGUUUAUGUCUUACGGUAGCAUUCUAUGCUAUGUUGGGUUAUUUCUGGUUCCAGGCUAUAGUAGAUAAAUGGUAUCUGGAAGACAAGGGCUGGUUGAACUUGCUCAAUACGUUUAUGCCGACAGUGGUGUAUGCUAUUGUUAUUGCAAUACUUAAUGCCAUAUACAGGAAGAUCGCCACUUACCUUAAUGAAUUUGAGAAUCACAGAUUGCAGACCUCAUAUGAUAACCAUAUCAUUCUUAAACUUAUUCUGUUUGAGUUUAUUAACUGCUUCAUUUCAUUGUUUUAUGUGGCCUUCUACCUACAAGAUAUGAAACUGCUGAAAAGUCAUCUUGCGGCACUCUUGAUCACAACCCAGAUAGUAGGACAGAUCCAGGAAUCUAUUCUACCAUUUUUAUUGCACAGUAGGCGAGCCAAGAAGCUGGAUAAAGCUAUGAAGAAGUUUGAUGAGGUACAGAAAGUAGAGUUUAGUAACGGAGAGAUUGGAGAAGAUCUACAGAAACAGACAAGUGUAGAGAGUACCAUGGAUGUUUAUGAAGGAACACUGAAUGACUACCUGGAGAUGUUUCUACAAUUUGGCUAUGUAUUUUUGUUCUCGUCUGUGUUCCCCCUGGCAGCUGUAUGGGCAUUAUUGAACAAUGUGACGGAGAUAAGAUCUGAUGCAUUUAAGAUGUGCCGCGUAUUUCAACGCCCGUUUGCUGAAUCUGCUUCCAACAUAGGUGCUUGGCAGGCAGCAUUUGAAGUGAUAAGUGUGAUGGCAGUGAUGACAAACUGUGCCUUGAUAGGUAUGAAUCCCGAGGUACAGAAACUGCUACCAACAGACAUUGCACCUGUAAAUAUAGUCCUCAUCUUCGUUAUUGUAGAGCAUGUUCUGCUAGCUCUGAAGAUAGCUGUGGCAUACUUCAUACCAGACGUACCCAAAUGGGUAGAUGUGGAACUGUCCAGAAUUGCUUAUCAGUCAAAACUAGCUCUUCAAAAGGAGAGAAAUAACCAUUUAUGAUGUACAAAUACAGAGAGCACAAACUGCGAAGAAGAUAACGUAAAUGUUAGAUGGAUUUGAGAGUGCUAUAACUGGGAGGCUAUGAAGAAGAACAAUUAAAGCAAAAGCCUGCACAAAAA